CACACACACACACACACACACACACACACUCUGCUGAUGUCAGGCUCCAGUCAUGUCGACCCUCCUCAGCACCAUCAUCUCCAUGGCUGUUCUACAGAGACCCAACUGAUGAUGGAUCUAUUCCGCAGAGGAGAGCUGGGGCUGCUGGGAGGAGGAGAGGGUCUGAGGGAUGACGUGAGCAUUCCCGGCAUCAGCUGGUCAGCCAAUCGGAUGCCAGAGGACAUGUACCCGGCAUCAGGAUUGGCCCUGGCUGCCGCCUAUCAUGAUAUCAAAACCCGGCUGGCCAGUCUGGAGAGGGAGAACAGCAGCAUCAAGAGGAAGCUCAAACACUACGAGGUCAAGUUUCCUAUAAUCAGUGAGUUUGGGGAGGAGAGGUUACUGUGCUGUUCCUGUGAUCCCCUCAUCAACGACACCAGUGUGAUCCAAUCAGAGACCACCAACCUGCAGCAGAGGAUCAACUCUCUCACUCAGGAGCUCCAGAAGAGUAAGGAAAGAGAGGAGAGGUUGGAGGAAGUCAUCCAGGCUUAUGAGAAGAUUCACCUGGAGAAGAGCAACGUCCAGAGGGACCUGGACAAGAUGGCAGAGCAGCAUGUGGAGCAGAUCUGCGGUCUGGAGUCGGCUCUCAGACAGAGAGAAACAUCUCUGCAGAAGCUCAGCGUUCAACUCCGCAGCAAAGACGCACACAAGUCUCAUCUGCAGCUGCACGCCAGCCUGGACGUUCCCCGAGGUGGGGGCCGGGGGGGGCCGCUGCAGAGCUCCCGCAGCCUGGACGCUCUGUCCGACCUGAAGCUGCAGCGCCUGGAAGCCGAGCUGGAGGGGGCCCGGCACCGGGAAGAGGGGGCCUGCCACCGGGAGGGGGAGCUGAGGGCCGAGCUCAAGAGGCUGCAGAAGGAGGUCACAAAGCUGCAGGAAGCACAGAGACAGGUCCAGGAGCCCCCCCCACACUGUGAGCACUGCGACGUAGAGUGGAUAAAGAAGGCCGGGGACGAACAGGUUAACCUAGCAUUAGCCUACACAGAGCUAACGGAAGAGUUGGGUCGUGUUCGCAGUCUGGCUGUGAAACAGAGCGACCUUCUGCGGGACGUCUCACAGGAGCCUCGUAAGCACCCCAGUGGAUUAUUGUGUAAUUCACUUCAUGGUAUCAUUAGAUAUCAUAAAGAAGAGGUUAUAUUAUGGAUGGAGUCAGAGGAGAGUGCUGCUCGGAGCUGUCCCCUGUGUCAGCUGACCUUCCCCACCGGUUACCCUGACGACGCCCUCAUCAAACACAUCGACUCCCACCUGGAGAACAGCAAGAUAUGACUUUAUACCAAGCAUUUCCAACCCCUGGUCACCUGACCCAGGGACAGUUUGAUGAGCCUGCAUGUUUCUCUCCACAGAACUGUCCCAGUGUAGCCCCGAGGUCUUCUGGUAGACGUCCCUUUGUCCUCAAGUCCAUAUAGUGGAUUCUAACCAGCAACCCUCCAGGUAUUCCACCCUCCAGAGCUCAACAUCAUAGCUGCAGGGUUGUGCAUCUUUUCAUUUGUGUUCACAGAGAAACACAACAAACAUCUCUCAGAGUCACCAUGUCAGUGGACGUAUAAAGAGAACUGGAUCCAGAGUUGAAGGGCCUCGUCCAUUCCUAUCAAAGUAGCUCAGUGACGCAUAAAGCCAAAAUGGACUGCUCUCAAGUACAAAACAUACCUAGAUCUUUAUCUGGAUUCUUAUCUAAGUCUUCCUAGUCGUUUUAUGGAUCUUCCCUAAACUGUCCCUAGACAUUCCCCUAGACCUUCCCCUAGAUCUUCCCUAGAACUUCCCUAGACCUUCCCUAGACCUUCCCUUCCCUAGAUCUUCCCUAGACAGGCCCUCUACUGCAGCCCCCCCCCCCCCUGGAACUCCUCUCCCAGUCACAUCCGAUCUGCCAACCCUCUCACGUCAUUCCAAACAGCCUCAAAACUCACCUUUUCACUCUUUGCUGUCGACUCCUAACCCUCUCCCCCCGCCCACAUUCCCACCCUGCUCAGCACUUUUACUUUGUGUUGUUAUUUCUCUACUUGCUUGUAAAGCGUCUUUGAGCACCAGGAAAAGCGCUAUAUAAAUAACAUGUAUUAUUAUUAUUAUCAGAUCUUCCCUGGAUCUUUGAGCGAUCUUCCACAUCCAUGCGGUCCAUAGAGCAUACUUUUAUUUUCCUUAAGCCCCGCCUCCAAUCCUCUCCAUCAUGUCCGCUCUCGGCUCAGUCAGAAGAAUGGACAAGGAGAUAACUCUGGAUUUGGCUCUUAGCACAUUUGACUUCUUUUAGGCCGUAAUGAUUUAAAAGGCUAUUCAAGGGUUUGUUCUGGAUAUUUGAUUUAGCUCAAAAAUAAUUAUCGAUUAUACAAACGCCCGGCUUGGUACAGAAAGGUGUUUUUUCUCUGUCAUUAUCAAAGCCUGAGUGCUACAGAAACAGAGGUAGAAAAGCUGCACUCAGUUGCACUGACACACACAUGAGGAUGAGCAGACCUGAGAUCAGUCAGACGGCCAGCCCCAGGAUGUCUCUGCUGUCAUGUUUGUUUGUGAAGGUUUCCAUUGUCACAAGACCUGCAAUAAACUGCUGUGUUGUCAAAUGAUUCAGAGGUUUGUGAGUUACCAACUUGUUUGGCUGUGAUAACAGGAACACUUCAAGGUUAGAUUAAAGGAAACAGCAAGUCAGAACAAUAGUGAGAGUGAAAGAAAGUGGAGUUCCAAAGAGAACGUUAUGUAAACUCAAAGUGUGAAGGUACAUUUUUUAAUAAAGGAACUGCAGUCUGCAA